AUGGUAGGUCAUCAUCUGCAUACAGCCUUCAAAACUUGGUUCAAAGAUACCGAAUCAGAUGGAACUCCAGUCUUGCCAUAUCCUCUUUCUAAGAAGUAUACUAUCACAGACAAGGUGCUCGGUCAAGGGUCGUUUGCUCUAGUCAAAUUGGUACAAGUCAAAGCCACUGGAGAAGAUCGUGCUCUCAAGAUUAUCGCAAAGAAGCCACUGAAAGAAGGAAACGAGAAGAUGCUCAAAGAUGAAAUCGCUAUUCUUGGAAGGGUGGAACAUCCACAUAUCAUCAAAAUGUGGGACCUUUACGAGACAAAAGAAGCCGUCUUUAUCGUGACAGAUCUAUGCAGAGGUGGAGAAUUGUUUGAUCGAUUAGUGGAAAAGGUGCAUUACAACGAAUUGGAUGCACGUCAUAUCACCCGUCAAAUGUUUGAAGGAAUUGAUUACUUGCACGAUCACGAAAUCAUUCAUCGAGAUUUGAAACCGGAGAACAUCUUACUCAGAGAGAAAAGCGAACCAAGUCAAAUCGUCAUUUCGGAUUUUGGACUUUCUCGCUUUAUUCCAGAAGAUGGACAUAUGCUCAUGACUGCUUGUGGAAGCCCGCAGUAUGUUGCACCGGAAGUAUUGCUCGGAAAAGGAUACGAUGCCGCUGUGGACAUUUGGAGUGGUGGUGUGAUCGCAUAUUGCUUGUUGGCCGGAUAUACGCCAUUUUAUGGAGAAGAUCAACCUACUUUAUUCCAGCAGAUUUUGGCCAUGAAAGUAGAAUUCGAGCCAGAAUACUGGGGUGAUGUUUCGGAUACAGCCAGAGAUUUCAUUUUGCGCUGUCUAUGCCCUCGUGAGAAGCGAAUGACGGCAAAAGAAGCUCUUGCACAUCCUUAUUUGGCAGAUCUACCGCCAAUCGACGGCAAAGAUUCUCCCAAAGGUGCAUCACUCAAAGAAUCGGCCAAACGACAUCAAUCAUCCAAAGGCAAAUUCAACCGUGUUGUUACAACUGUGGAAGCAGCCAAUUACCUUCAACAUUUGCACGAAUUACGUAAAACCCAUUCACGCGAUAUUCAUCCAGAACGAUUACAUUCUUUGCUAAGGCUUGCAACCCAUCUCAGCAAUCACAGUACCACGUCGACCAUCACUGGACAUGAAAACAAUGGCAAGAAAGAGGAAGACUCAAAAGACAACAGGGAGUCAAAACGGUUCGGUGAUUCAGGCAUGUCACUCGAUUUGGUUGUCAUGUCUGCUUUUGUUCCUGAUGCAAGUGAACAGCUCAAAAACCUACCCAGAGGCGGAACGGCGGCCGUCUCUGCAGCAGCAGAUGCAACACAGCAUGGAGAGAACUCUGCCAAGAUUGAUGAUAGUGUGGACAACGUGAACAAAGGAUCGACGGAUAGCCCAACGCCUCCUGGUUCGGAAUACUCUGAUGCAACCGCAACGCCCAGUCGAACUCGUAGUCCCGAGAGUCAAGCCAGAAGAUCUUCAAGACCAUCGCAAAAGUCGAGAAGGCAUCGUAGCGGCAGUACCAAAUCGAGCAAGACACUUGAUGCUUUAUUGGAUCAAUACAAAGGAUCCGCUCUGCCCACAACGGCAAGAUCUGAUCCAACAGCUCAGCCUGUGAAGCCUGAAGGAAUGACAUUGUCCAAGGUGUGGAGAUACGUUCCGUUCUUGGUCAAUACGACUUAUUCGAUCGGAAGUGCACUUGCUUCUCAUGCAAUUUAUGGGCCUCCCAAAAAGUCAUGGGGAAUUGAGAUGUCCAUCUUUACACGUAUAAUGCGUGAUACAGCCAAAUAUUCUGAAUUUGCAACGAUUUCUGGAAUGCAACAGUUCUUUGAUUUGAGUUCUUUCCUGCCUGUGCCUAAGGAUGGAUUGAUCACACCCGUUACCUACCGUGUCAAAAAACGCAACCUACGCGGACUACUCAAAGAAGCUGAUGCAGCCGAAGAUGGAACCCGUGAAUUGACGGGAGAAUGGGUUGUAGGAAAGCAAACUUGGAGAAGGCUACAAAGUGAAUGGAGAAAUGGGAAAUCAACAAACAAAGAACGUGUGAUCCUCUACAUUCAUGGAGGUGCAUAUUUCGUCAUGUCAGCCGUUACCCAUCGACCUUUGACGAUUGCACUUUCGAAAUACACCGAAUGUCGGUUGUUUGCCGUCAAUUAUCGUUUGGCUCCCGAUUGUCAAUUCCCCGGACCUUUGCAUGACGUUGUUAGCAGUUGGUUCAGAUUGGUUGAUGAUUUGGGUAUUCCACCUUCGAAUAUCGUUCUUGGAGGUGAUAGUGCCGGUGGAGGUUUAACGUUGGCACUUUUGUACUAUUUACGGGACAACAAAUACGAAUUGCCAUCAGGUGCAAUCUUGUUCAGUCCUUGGGUGGAUUUGACGAUGUCUUGUGAUUCUUGGGAAACCAAUGCUGCUUAUGAUUAUUUGCCUUUGACGCCUGCAACGGAUCAUAUGAACCCUGUUCGAGCUUAUUUGGGUGACAAGAUUGAACAAUACAUCACUCAUCCAUAUGCAAGUCCACUGUUUGGCGAUUUACGUGGCUUGCCUCCGUUGUUGAUCCAAUGCGGAGAUGCAGAAGCGUUGCGGGAUGAAGUCACUUUAUUGGCACACAAGGCUUCCAUUGCUGGCGUUGCAGUUCGUCAUGAAUUGUAUGAAGAUUGCGUUCAUGUCUUCCAAGCGUUCUUGUUUUUGGACGCAAGUCGAAAAGCAUUACAAAGUGCACGUCAUUUCGUUCGAACUGCAUUGGAAAAACGCGGUCAACGUAAAGCAGAUCUGGAAAGGAAGAGCAGAAGUACGAUGGACGAUGAAAUGCGAAAAGGAAUGGAGAACGAAGAUGGAGAGAUUGUAGAUGCAAAAACGGGCGAAAAGCCUGGAAGUUCACAAGAUCUUCGUGGUGGAGUUGAAAGUGAUUCGGAAAAUUUGCGAAGCGUACAUGAUCGAAGUGAUGAUGAAUGGAACGAUUUCGAUGAUGAUGUCGUUCGGAAAUCGUCUUCGUCUAAAUCUUCAUCGCAACAGAGUAAAUCAUCUUCUGCUGAUUUGGCACGGUCAAAGAGUCAGCCACACGCACCAGCAAGAGAUCAUGGAAAGCAACCUGAAGUCCAAAGCUCAAAGCAGGACCCAAGAUAUCGUCAAGAGUCUGCUCCUACAACUCCACACGGUCAGCACGGUGAACGAUCACGACCGAACAGAACGUCAUCUUCUGCUUCUUUGAAUUCCUAUUCGAUGUCAUUAGAACAAGCACGUUCACGGGCACAAGCAGGAAUGCGAAUGCAAGAAAGUCGAGAUGCACCGCAAUUGGCACGAUUCCAUGCGCUUAACAAACCUUUGCAACCUAAAAUGCGAAGGACAGCCUCUAAUGCAACGAUUAAUAAUCUCAUUCAAAGUUGGGAAACUGAACAUGGUUCUAGUGGUUUGAAUACUCGUGUAUAUAGUUCCCAAGAAUGA